GAGGAUGGAAUGAAAAGGCAAGCAGGUAGGCGAAAGCGUUUUACUUUCGUCGCCACGCCUCCCAUGCUUCCCUCGAAAAUCUCACUUUCCGCGUAAAUGCAAAAACCAAAGUUAAUUUUUACCAAAAGCACUUUUAUUACACUGUGAGAGAGAGAGUGUGUGUGUUACUGUGUGCUCCCAACAACAAGAUGAAGAGGUAGAAGAAGAACAAGAAGACGAACACACUCCACUUGCUUGCUACUCCUACUUUGAGCUUGCAACUCCUCUUUCCCUAAACUCUCCUUCAUCACUCCAUAGCUCCUUCUUCUUCUUCUGAUUCUGAUUCUUAAACUAACAGCACAAGCACACAACCUAGUUCAGCUCAUUCGUUUUCCUCCUUGCCCCACUUCAGAUCAGUCCCAAAAUAGCUAUGAGAAAUCACAUUUUCUUCUUAUUCGUUCUCAUUGCACUUGCCCCCACUUUCUCUCUCCACUUGCAAUCUCACGCCGCUCCUGCAGGGCCGUUGAUUAAGCAUAUUUCUUCACUCAUCAAAUGGACAAGGUCUACCUCCAAGACACCACACUCAGAUGGGAAUGUUCUUCAAUUUGAAAAUGGCUACGUGGUGGAGACUGUUGUGGAAGGAAACGAGAUUGGGGUUGUCCCUUACAGGAUCCGCGUCUCUGAGGAGGAUGGUGAACUCUUUGCUGUUGAUGCAAUUAACAGCAACAUUGUUCGGAUAACUCCACCGCUGUCCCAAUAUAGUAGAGGAAGAUUGGUGGCUGGGUCAUUUCAGGGAUACACUGGCCAUGUGGAUGGAAAACCAAGUGAUGCUCGUUUCAAUCAUCCCAAAGGCAUAACUGUGGAUGAUAAGGGGAAUGUUUAUGUUGCUGAUACUCAGAAUCUGGCCAUCAGAAAGAUUGGAGAUGCUGGUGUGACAACCAUUGCUGGAGGAAAGUCAAAUGUUGCAGGCUACAGGGAUGGACCUAGUGAGGAUGCUAAAUUCUCAAAUGAUUUCGAUGUGGUAUAUGUUCGGCCCACCUGUUCCUUGUUGGUCAUUGAUAGAGGAAAUGCUGCUCUUCGACAAAUCUCUCUUGACCAGGAGGACUGUGAUUAUCAGUCUAAUUCAAUUUCCAGUACAGAUAUACUUACAGUUGUUGGUGCUGUUAUAGUAGGAUAUGCUACAUGUAUGCUUCAGCAGGGAUUUGGAUCCUCUUUUUUCUCAAAAACGCAGCAACCAUCACAAAAACCGUUCAAAGGGUUAGCAAGCAAUGAGAAACACAUGCCAAUCCUGGAGAGCAGUAAAGAGGAGCCGGGAUGGCCGUCUUUCGGACAGCUCAUUGUUGAUCUUUCUAAGCUUUCCCUUGAAGCAUUAGCUAGCACAUUCAUUCAAUUCAUACCCUCACAUUUCAGACCUAGCAACUCCAAGAGAGGCCUAACACCACUGAAAGAUCGUCUUGUGAUGCCUGAAGAUGAUGUGCGGCCUCCAUUGGUCAACAGGCAAAAUGCUCAAGGACAUACUCCUCUUACCGAAAAUAGGAUGGCAUCACAGGUCCAUACUCCUCUUACCGAAAAUCGGAUGGCGUCACAGGUCCAUACUCCAACCAUAGCUGAGAAAUAUUCAGAAAUGAAGCCCCCAAAGAUAAAAUCAAGCAGUUUCAAGGACCCCUCUAUGUCAAGCAAGCACCGGUCGUCAAGACGACCUGAGUAUGCUGAAUUCUAUGGUUCUUCUGAGAUUCCUCCGUACACCAAAUCUAAGAGCCAGAAAGAAAGGCCAAGACACAGACAACGAGAAAAGAGUGGAGAAGUCGUUAUGGGGGCAGUUGGAGCUGAGGCUAAACCAGUUGAGACAAGGGCUGUUGAUCAUAAUAAUCCAAAGUUUGACCAUUACAGUAUGAGAACUAAGUAUGCAUCUGAGGAGACCUUCCGAUUCAACUCUCAGUAAACAAGUUUUGCAUGAUUUAUUUUUCACUAGCAUUAUGUUCUCCAUUAUACUGAAUAUGUGCACCUACAUUAGUUUGAAGUGUGUCUGUACCUGACAAGUAUUUGAAGCUAUGUUAUAAGCAAACAUUCAGUGCUUAGUGAAUCAUGCGGGUGGGAGGAUUUCCACCCAUGUUCUGAAAAAUUGUCACAAAAUUAGCACCUCAACAUGCAACGUUGUUAAGUUCCAAGGAGAUUGCUCCCUCUUAA